UGGUGUAAAUCAAUUGGCUGGUGGCGAGACGGGGGGUGGUUUGAUCAUUUGAUGUUGAUGUUCCGGAAAAAGAACCGAUUUUUAACAACUAACUUUUGACUGUGAUUGAAUGAGUAGGGAGAGAAUUAAUUGAGUGGAAAAUGGAUUAGGAAAAUAAGGGUAAUAUGGAAAUAUAGAUUGAAUUAUACACAUAUGUUGCAAAAAUUGACCUCAAUUUCUUAGACUUUUUGGGUCUGCAGAAGUGAUUUGAUGAGCUAUUAUUUAGAACUUUUUUGGGAUUGGAGGAGAAAGGAGGUACAUCGAUUAUUACGCGUGGGUAGGUGUACCUUGUACGUGUAACUUUUGGGUUGAAACUUAAUGCCUUCUAUGAUAUCUCCUCAAUGGCAGGACAAAGCUAGUGGGUUUUUUUCCGCUUCAGGGGUUAAACUUAAGGAAGCGGGGAAUCAAGCUGGGACUUUUGCCAAGGAUGCAAAAGAGAACGUGGUUGAUGCAGCUGAAAGAGUUGGGUCUGUGUUUAAAAGUAAAUGGUCACUUUUCCAGCAACCCUCUACUAAGCAUGCUGUGCAGGAGAGGUUUCUUUCAGCUGCUGCUUCAACAAGCUUCCUCGUAAGGAAAGGAAUCUCAGAGACCAAAGAAAAAGUUUCUGUAGGAAAGAUAAAAGUUGAGGAGGUGGCAAAGAAAACUGCACAAAGAAGUAAAUCCUUUAUAUCAGAUAUUGAAAGAUGGCAAAAAGGUGUUGCAAGCAGUGACGGUCUACACUCCGAGGAUUGCGCCUUAUGCGAGGAAUUUGAUGUGGUUCGUGAGCAAUGGGCUAAGUUUUUUACCAACAAGUAUUUAUUAUUGGCUUUAGCGCGCUUGAUCGAGUUGGUUUAGUUGUUAUAGAAUAAAUUUUAUAUUAAAAUGUAUGUUUAUGUUGAAAUUGGAACAUAUAUUUAAAUGUAAUAUGUGCACUUUGGUUUUGGGAUAUAUAGUAUACAAAACUCCAGUUGUUGUUUUUAUAUUUGUUAUAUAGGUUGCGUUAUUCUA